UAUAGAAAUAGGUCUGACUUCUUCGAUGUGUAUCAUGACGGUAGAAGGAAGAUAGGUGAAGGGAGGACUACCUGAAAGCUACCGGAUGAUUACAGGAUCAACAAUCACAGCUAGUUAAAGUCUCAGAAGCAGCUCCUCUUUGAUCACUAUGGCUGAGACUACGGGGAAAUUCGACUUUGCCAUCGACCGGGGUGGCACCUUCACCGAUGUGUUCGCCCGGCUGCCUGAUGGUCGAGAGAGAGUCCUGAAGCUGCUGUCCCGGGAUCCCCAGAAUUACAGAGAUGCUCCCACUGAGGGGAUCCGCAGAGUCCUGGAGGAGGAAACCGGGCGCGUCUUCCCUCGUGACCAGCCUGUUGACACCUCUCUGAUUGGCUGGAUCCGAAUGGGCACGACCGUGGCGACCAACGCUCUGCUGGAGAGGGAGGGAGAGAAGACCGCCCUGCUGGUCACAAAGGGCUUUAAGGACUUGCUGCACAUUGGCACGCAGGCCAGGCCAAAGCUGUUUGACUUGGAGGUGGCAGUUCCUGAAGUGCUCUACGAAGAGGUGGUAGAGGUGGAUGAGCGAGUUGUGCUGAAGCAAGAUGGCUGCCAGCUGCCGAGGAGAGAUCCCAGACGUAUUGUCACAGGCAGUACCGGAGACUCUCUGGAGGUGUGGAAGGAGCUCGAUCUGGAGAAAGUGGAAAAGGACCUGAGAGGAGUUCUGUCUCGGGGGAUCAGCGGCCUGGCUGUGCUCCUGCUGCACUCUUACACAUGGUCUGAUCAUGAGAAGGCUGUAGGCACUCUGGCGCGUCGUCUGGGCUUCACCCAGGUGUCUUUGUCCAGUGAGGUCAUGCCUAUGGUGCGAGCGGUGCCUCGGGGAUACACCGUCUGUGCAGACGCCUACCUCACACCCAAAAUCCAUCAGUAUUUGAAAGGCUUCACUUCUGGCUUCAAGGGUGGCUUAAAGGAUGUGGACGUGCUCUUCAUGCAGUCAGACGGCGGUCUGACUCCCAUGGAGCAGUUCUGCGGCUCUCGGGCUGUUCUGUCCGGCCCAGCGGGAGGUGUUGUGGGAUACGCCAUCACGUCUUACAGCCAGCUUGAGGAAAAGCCUGUGAUUGGCUUCGACAUGGGCGGAACAUCCACUGAUGUGAGUCGCUACGCAGGCCAGUAUGAACACGUGUUUGAGGCUACCACAGCUGGAGUCACCCUGCAGGCGCCUCAGCUGGACAUCAACACUGUGGCUGCAGGUGGAGGAUCACGACUCUUCUUCAGAUCGGGGAUGUUUGUGGUUGGACCUGAGUCUGCAGGUGCACAUCCAGGACCAUCCUGCUACAGGAAAGGUGGUCCUCUGACUGUAACGGAUGCUAACUUAGCCCUGGGUCGCCUCCUCCCCUCCUUCUUCCCAAAGAUCUUCGGACCCGGGGAGAACGAGCCUCUGUCUUCAGAAGAAACCAUGAAGCACUUCCAUCGUCUGACCCAGGAGAUCAACCUCUUCUUGUCUUCGAAUCAGUCACAGCAGGUUAGCACCAACGGGGCUAACCACUCCCACAAACAAACAUCAGAGAUGAGCGUGGAGGAGGUCGCGAUGGGAUUCAUACGUGUUGCUAAUGAGGCCAUGUGUCGGCCAAUCAGAGCUCUCACACAGGCUAAAGGCCAUGACACAUCUAAGCAUGUGUUGGCGUGUUUCGGGGGGGCAGGUGGCCAACAUGCCUGUGCUAUAGCUCGAGCCCUGGGCAUGAAGACCGUCUUCAUCCAUAAAUACAGCGGCGUGUUGUCCGCCUAUGGUCUGGCUCUAGCUGACGUGGUGGAGGAGAUGCAGGAGCCCUGUUCACUGCAGUACGAGCAGAACUCUUUCAAGGAGCUGGAUCAGAGGGUGGAGCGACUCUCAAAGCGCUGCCAUGACACCCUGUGUGCACGUGGAUUCACCAGCGAUCAGAUCAGCACUGAGGUGUUCCUCCACCUGCGUUACAAGGGCACCGACUGCGCUCUCAUGGUGACUGCUGCCGGUCAUCCUCGCAACCCCCAGUCCUGCCUGGCUGGGGAUUUCCGCAGCGCCUUCACUAAGCGUUACCUGAAGGAGUUUGGUUUCACUAUCCCAGACAGACCCAUCAUGGUUGAUGACAUCAGAGUGAGGGGUUGUGGGAAAUCUGGUAUCAAAUCUGUGUAUAAAACUAAGAUGGGACACGGACAGGCCAAACCAGUGACGAAGACCAAGUGUUACUUUGAGGAGGGUUACCUGGACACCAGUGUUUAUCUGUGGGAGGAGCUGCCCUGCGGUCACAGCAUCCAGGGACCGGCUAUUAUCAUUGACAAGAACAGUACCAUCCUGGUGGAGCCGUGUUGUGAGGCUCGUCUGACAGAGGGGGGCGAUGUUUGCAUGACUGUGGGCUCCGACCCUCACUGCAUCCUCGGCACUGAGCUCAACACCGUACAGCUCUCCAUCUUCUCGCAUCGCUUCAUGAGCAUCGCAGAACAGAUGGGUCGAGUUCUCCAAAGAACCUCCAUCUCCACCAACAUCAAGGAGCGUCUAGACUUCUCCUGUGCUGUUUUUGGACCAGACGGUGGAUUAGUGUCCAAUGCGCCCCACAUUCCUGUACACCUGGGGGCCAUGCAGGAGACCGUUCAGUACCAGAUCAAAUCCAUGGGCACCAAGUUGAAAGAAGGUGAUGUGAUCCUGAGUAACCAUCCGUCUGCUGGAGGCAGCCACCUCCCCGACCUCACAGUCAUCACACCGGUGUUCAGGAAAGGUGUGAGCGGGCCGGUGUUCUUUGUAGCCAGCAGGGGGCACCAUGCCGACAUCGGAGGCAUUACUCCAGGAUCCAUGCCCCCACACUCCACCUCCCUGCAGCAAGAGGGAGCCGUCUUCACUUCCUUUAAACUCGUCACCGGUGGCGUCUUCCAGGAGGAAGCUGUAACUGAAGCUCUGAUGGCUCCGGCCCAGUACCCAGACUGCUCUGGAACUCGUAAUCUCCAUGACAACCUGUCAGACCUGCGGGCUCAGGUGGCGGCCAAUCAGAGAGGCAGCCAGCUGGUGGGGGAGUUGAUUGACAGCUACGGGUUAGCUGUGGUCCAGGCCUACAUGGGGUACAUUCAGAGUAAUGCAGAGCUAGCAGUGAGAGACAUGCUGAGAGACUUUGCAUGCCGUCGAAGGCAGCAGACUGGCUCCUUAGAGGUGGAGUCUGAGGAUUUCAUGGAUGAUGGGACGCCAAUCAGACUGUGUGUUCAGAUUAAUGAGGACAAGGGCAGCGCAGUGUUUGACUUCACAGGGACGGGAACAGAGGUGUGGGGUAACUGCAACGCUCCACGUGCCAUCACCCUCUCUGCCCUCAUCUACUGCCUGCGCUGCAUGGUCGGACAGGACAUCCCCCUCAACCAGGGCUGCCUCGCACCGAUCAAAGUCAUCGUCCCUCCUGGCUCCAUCCUUCAGCCUUCCCAGAAUGCAGCUGUGGUUGGAGGAAAUGUGCUCACAUCCCAGAGGGUGGUUGAUGUCAUCUUCAGGGCGUUCGAGGUGUGCGCCGCUUCACAGGGUUGCAUGAACAACAUUUCAUUCGGCAGCGAGAAGGUCGGCUACUACGAGACAGUUGCUGGUGGAGCAGGGGCGGGGCCAGGCUGGAAGGGACGGAGUGGAGUUCACAGUCACAUGACCAACACCCGAAUCACUGACCCUGAGAUUCUGGAGAAAAGAUAUCCAGUUAUUUUGGAUCACUUCUCUCUGCGGCCCGGCUCAGGGGGAGCAGGAAGAUACCAUGGUGGAGACGGUGUGAUACGGAAACUUCUCUUCAGGAGCAAAGUGGUGUUGUCUGUUCUGACAGAGAGGCGCUCCACCCGCCCAUACGGCCUCAAGGGAGGUGAGGACGGAGCAGCAGGGAUGAAUCUGCUGCACAGAGCAGACGGUCGAGUCCUCAACCUGGGAGCCAAAACCAGUGUCAGUCUGCAGCCUGGGGACAUGUUUUGCCUCUACACCCCUGGAGGAGGAGGAUAUGGAGGAGAGGACGACACAAGGAGACCUCAAAACAAGCGUAGGCGCUUGAAUGAGACCUUCCCUGAGAGAGGCAGUGUUUUUGAAUACAGAAUGGCACAAGAGGGAGUGUGAGAGGAAACUGGAGAGGGAGAGGGAAAGAGAGAAGUCAGAGGAGGAGAAGAACAUUGGAAGGGAGAUCACAGGAGUUAAAGCACAUAGAGAGAAAAGGUACUUUGGUACCACUGAAUGUUUCCAGCUUGUCAGAGUUUCAAUGUGAGAAAUAAAAAGACAAAUCCUAGAGUUAGAUUGCAAACACAUUAAAAGCUUCGAUGUAGGCAACAACAGAAAUGUGACGUGAUUAAUGAGAAACUUUUAAAAAGUAAAACCAAAUGAUAGAUAACUAAUAGCGGAUUAGUUAGAGUUAUGAGGGACAAAUAGAAUGUGUUGCUCAUAUAAGUUGGACACUCCGCAUGCAGGGGCGUAUCCACAGGGUAGUCCAGGGAUGGGAACCCCCUCCCCCCUUCUAAAUCUGAUUUCUCAUCCCAGUUGCUACCCAAAAAUCCUCAGCUAUGAUUGGCUGUUUUCCUUGUAAGAGUUAAGAUUGAUGUUAAAACUGACUGUUGGGGCAGUAUUGCAGCAGGCUGCGAGAAGCUGUCUUUGCAUUUAAUGACCUAAAAACAUUUUGAUUCUGUAACAGUGACUUAACAAAAGCCAUGACACCUUUGGAUGUAUUGCAUCAGUAAUGGUGUAAUGUUGGUGUCCAAGUGUGCUCUUUGAUAUUAUGCUACAGUGUCAUGGAAGUAUUAGAGGAACAAAGUGUAAACACACACACAUGCACACACAGCACUGUUAUACACUGCCACCACCUCGCUCCGUUAGUGCCUCUAAAGGAGGAUCUGGUGGAACAGCUCCGCUCCUCCAUGUUUUCUCUGUGUUAAACCUGGUUUAUACUUCUGCGUUGACUCCAUAGCUACGCUGUUGUACCAGAUAAAUAUUAAGCAGCAGUUGAUCAUGCUGCAGUUAUUGGAAAGAAGAAAAGAAAGGAGACAUGGGCGAUAUAAUGUAUGACCAGCAAUGUACAGCGAUUCUGGAAAUAUGUUGCUAUCCAGCGGACAAACCACGGGGCUCACAGUCCGUCAUUUCGACGCAUCGUCACACUUUUGGGGAGGUGCAUGUAUCUGUCUGUCCAGACCCAACUCGGUCGAGGCAUAAUGGCUGUCUAACACGAGUCUGGUUCUGCUCGAGGUUUCUGUCUGUUAAAAGGAAGUUUUUCCUCGCCACUAUAACUAGCUAAACACUGCGAUGUGCAAUGCUCAUGAUGGAUUAAAAUGGGGUCAGACUGAGUCUUACCCUGUCUUGGUGUUGGGUCUCUGUUCAUAAUUUGACAUAGAGUGGUCUAGACCUCCUAUGUUUGUAAAAGCAUCUUUAGAUAACGUUUGUUUUGAUUUGGCCCAAUACAAAUAAAGGUUGAUUGAUGAUUAAUUGAUGUAAGAUUACGUGCACAGGCAUACAUACAGCAUAUGGCAUAGAGUUGCUGUAGAAGUAUAAACCUGUCUUUGCACAUUGCAGAUUAGGCAAAACAGGAGCGUAAAUACCCAGCCUAGAAGUGGCAGCUAUCGUGGCACAUUCCUUUUGUCAGUACUUGAAACUGUUUCUCUGGACAGGCGUCUUCUAUUUGCAUCUUUGCUUUUUCAAAGUUUACAAAUUAAACACAAGAAAAUAACUUCAGUCUGAUUUUAACUCUAUUAAUAUACUACAUGUCACUAUGCAUAGACCAUGGCCCCAGUGGGUCCCCCCAGUCAAAGAGGUCUGGACACGCCCUUGUCCACAUGAGAGCAGGAAUGAGUUUGACUCUAAUAUCUUUUUAACUUACUGAUUUAAAAAUCACUAACACUGAGCAGAUUAGUAAACCCCAUUUUCAAAACACUUAACCCUGUGUUUAUCUGAUUCUGUGUUGACUCCAGAUUUGCUGUUUGGUAAAAGAUAACCUUUAUUUUUGUGUAUCGAAAUGUUCUUCAGUUGAUGAAAACUGAACUGUGAUAGCUAAAGGUUGUUCCAGUUUUAAAAAAAUCAUAUGGCUGUUUUCCUCUCUAACACCCAAAACAUGGAGUUUUAUUCUUCUGUUUUUUAGCACAAAAAUAAACCCAAUUUAUACCA